AUGCACAAGUCUAUUCCCUCUGUCGCCGUCUUUCGGCAUAUCAGCUCACCAUCGUCUCAACGACCAUUAAGCCAAACUGUGACAAGAGUUGCCCGAAGCGGCAAGAAACUAUGUCUUCUCUGUCAAUGUCAAUCAUAUGGACGGCUCUCCUUCUCUCAGUACCGCCAAUUCUACACUUCACCCUUUUUAGCAUUUAGAACCUCGCUUCUAAAUUCUUCUCCCCAACCAGCCCAACCUGUCUCACAGUCGGCGACAUCAGCAGAUCCAUCAUCAAACUCUACGAUAAUAACGCCUGAUAUUACGACUCAUUAUACUAUAUUCCCCAAAACUCUACCUAACGGCCCUCCGCCAACGGGUCCUUUUGACAUAUCGCUGCAAGAACUCCGACGCGAGUUCCUUUCCCUUCAAGGUCUUGCACAUCCGGACAAGUUUCCGGAAGGACCGUCGAAACGAAAGGCAGAAGCACUCUCGUCCCGGAUCAACGAAGCCUACCGUGCGCUAGGUGAUCCGUUGGCUCGCGCGCAGUACCUGCUGGCAUCCCAACACGACAUCGACGUUACAGCCGAAGAUGGCGCAAAUAAACACCCGCAGAGCCCAGAAACGCUGAUGCAGGUGAUGGAGGUGCAGGAGGCAGUUGAAGAGGCAGAGGAUGAGAGCGUCAUCUCCGAGCUAAAGGUGGAGAAUGAGGAGAGGAUUGCGCAGACAGUCGGUGAAAUGGGGCAGGCGUUUGAGUCGGGCGAUAUUGACAGCGCUACAAAGCUAUGCUCGAAGCUAAAAUUCUGGUACACGAUUCGAGAUGGACUGAGAGAAUGGGAACCAGGCACUAAGAGCGUCAGGCUGGUGCACUGA